AUGGCGGGGAGCAGCAACGACAGGGCUCAAAGAAUCAUCGAAGAAGCACUUUUACGCCAUUUGACGAUAGACAGAAGCAAACACAAGCAACUCGUCCGCAACGUCAUUAAACAUGUAUUUGCUGAUGGCCACAAUUCCCCCGCAGAGGAAGCCAAAAAAGGCUUCUUCCAACAACUAGACGCCAAAGCGCUCGUUGCUCUUGCGGUGCUUAUCCGAGUAAGAGACAUCCAGGGCAACUCCGUCUCUACUAUCGAGAGGCUUUGCAAAAACUUCUGCCUCAUCCCGACGACAAGUUGGUACAACGACCUUGAUCUGUGGAAAACCACUCUUGACGUUGUCAGCAACAGCGCUCCAUAUCUACGGUUUCGCAAAGAUAUCGUUGAUGCUAUUCAGCAGGCGGAAUCUCCUUGUCGAUCCACGUUGUUACAAUCCACGCCGGCGCAAUCCACGCCGGCACAAUCCACGCCGGCAACGCCAUUCGGGGAUGCGGAUGUUAAUUCGGGGCCUAUUGAGGCAUUUACAUGCUGUUCUUGCAACGCGAAGUGGCCACAGAGAGGGAUAGUUGCCUCCGAACCAGAGACUGCUUCCGCCGAGUCUGAUCGUCCGUUCAAGCGACCCUGUACGAUUGCCUCGCCUACAACGAGAAGUCCCCUCGCACCUGCUGCCGCCUCCACCGAUAUCACCAAUAUCCCCGCCCCAGUCGAUGCUAUAAAGACUCCAGCGCAGCCUUCACGCAUGGGCGGGAGCUACGAUCACGUCCUUGGAAAACGAAAGAGACCGGAGGAUACACCGUCUACCACCUUUCGGGUGCCCUCUAUAUCAUCCGAUCUUAGUGUCGCUCCUCUAUACCCUGAACUAGUCCAGGCCCCGUUCACAUCCCUGAGCCAGGAACGGGAUCCUGGCACCGAAUAUACGCCACCAUCGCGAAUACGCGGGGUACGAGCUGAGGGACUCAAUGGGGUAUAG